AUGUUUGUGUUUUGUGUGGAAUACAUGAAUACUGGCAUGUUUGAAGACAACACUUAUAUCUACCUGAUAGAACCUUUGGAGUUAACUCACAGCACGAGCAGUGCAGGCAGACCACAUGUCGUCCGGAGAACGUUUGGAUCAAAUGCCUUCAGUCAGUUGGAAGAUCUUGAUACCGAUUCCACCUCUGAUUGGUCCUUCCUGUCUGAAUUGCAGUGGCUGAGAAGGAGGAGAAGGGCUGCAGUGCGUGGCAUCUUUGAAGAAAUGAAAUACUUGGAGCUCAUGAUUGUUAAUGAUUAUAAAAUGUUCAAAAAACAUCGGUCAUCCCAUAGUAAUACGAAUAACUUUGCGAAAUCGGUGGUAAAUCUCGUGGACGCUAUUUACAAAGAGCAACUAAACACCAGAGUUGUUCUAGUUGCUGUCGAAACCUGGUCAGACAGAGAUCGUAUCCAUGUCCACCAGGACCCCCGGAAGAUGCUUCACGAGUUUUCCCGAUAUCGGCAGAACUUCAUCAAGCAACGUGCGGAUGCUGUUCAUCUCCUCUCUAUGGGCCUUCCUGGGCAAUAGCACACGAAUUAUCCCAAAGCUUGGCUCAGAAUCUAGGAAUACAGUGGGAACCAGCAUCCAGAAAACCAAAAGGGUGUGAUUGUACAGAAUCCUGGGGUGGAUGUAUCAUGGAGGAAACAGGUGUCUAUCAUCCCAGAAAAUUCUCAAAGUGCAGCAUUGCCGAAUACAGAGACUUUUUACUCCGAGGAGGAGGCUUUUGUCUUUUCAACAGGCCUACAAAGUUGUUUGAUGCCACUGAAUGUGGAAAUGGCUAUGUGGAACCAGGCGAAGACUGCGACUGUGGUAUCCAAACGGACUGCCAUGCAGAAUGCUGUAAAAAAUGUUCCCUUUCUAAUGGAGCCCAUUGCAGUGAUGGUCCAUGUUGUAAUGAAACCUGCCUUUUUUUUCCACGAGGUUUUGAGUGUCGCUAUGCAGUGAAUGAAUGUGAUAUUACCGAAAUCUGUACAGGUGACUCUGGCCAGGUCUGCAGUAAUGAAGCCACCUGCAUUUGUAACACUACUUGGGCAGGUACAGAUUGUAGCAUGUUUGAUCCUAGAAGGAAAGAUGACUCAGAGAAACCAAGUGGACCAAAGGUGAGCAUGGCCACUAACAGGCUUAUAGGUGGAGUGGCAGGGACCGUUCUGGCCCUGGGGGUGAUAUUUGGAGGCACAGGGUGGGGAAUAGAAAAUGUAAAAAAGAGAAGAUACGAUCCAAGUCAACAAGGCAUCUAAGGAAUUCGCUGGAAGAAUGCGGCUGUGCGUAAACGUGGACUCUGGCUUAUGGAGGCUCUUUGAAGCAGCUGGCUCUUCCUGCAGAAGAAGCAUCCCAGGAAUUGUCAAGCGGAGGCAUUCAUGAAAGGGCUGAAGGGGAAAAAAAAAACCUGUCCUUUGCUGGAGAUUUCAAUUCAAGGACUUCCUCCACUCAUCUCUCUCUUCUUUUGGGGAUGUUAGGGACAAAACGAACUUCGGGGGAAGGAACUAUUUUCGCCUAUUUUUUGUUCUAAACAAAAAUGGAGCAAACCAAGCGCAAUAAGUAGACUCUUUCAAACUAUUUAAAUAGGUAAAGAAUUUCUUAAUAAUUUUGAGUUCGCAUGAUCUUUUAAUAUUAAUGGCAGACUCCAGUGGCAUGAUAAUUUCUGAAACGGUGAACUGCAUGGCAUAAACACAGCAAACAAGCUAGCCAAGAGGGCCUCAAAUAAAAAACUAUUUACCAAGAACGUGACAGAACGAAACACAGAAGAGCUGAUUCUAGGUUUUACCUAUGAAAGAGAGGAUAACUCCUUAAUUCUACCUAAUAUAGGUGGUAUUCUUUAUUUUGUGCAUUUAUUGCUUUUGGGCAAGCCUCUUUGAGGAAUGGCAGACCAUACUACAUUGAAAUAUAUAUUUUUAAAAAAGGCUUUGGGGGGGAAGUCUUAUCAAACUCCAUCCUUACACAUUUUUAAAAUGUUUCGUUCCAUACGCAAUCUUAAGCUGUACACGAUCUUAAAAUGUUGCUCCUAUUUAAUUUCGGGGUAGCACUUUAUAUUUUAAGAGGUUUGCAGGGAAAUUCCACAAAUAAAAGAGGUACGCUUUUUAAAUAUGUAUGCUUGAAACCAAAAAAAAGAAAAAAAUGUCCAUCCAAAACCAAUAUGUGUAAAUGAAUAUGUAUACAAUGAUUUCUUCUUCAAAUGCAUUAUUUGCAUCCAUGCAGAUAUUUUGUAUAUAUUGUAAGAAGCUGACACCCUCUCAAAUUAAUCACAGAAGUGCCAAGCUUAUAUCCUUUUCGUUUUGCCAUGUUGUUUUCCUUUCUUAGUCUCAUAUUGUAGGACAGGAAAGAAACGUAAAUAAGCCUUAAGUACUUGUAAAAUACUGAGAGCUUUCAACAGGUUAAGGCGUUCGGUGUAUUGUUUUAUAAAGCCCAGUCUCCCCUCACCCUCAGGACUCCAUUCGGUUUUUUUAAAAGUGCAUAAAUAGCACCCAGAUAUCCAUGCAUUUUUUGAAAUUAUUUCUGUAGUAAUUAUUUUUCAAAGCAUAGCUUUGAACCUUCCUAUUAGGCUACAUGUGGUUACUGUUAUGGAGGUCUGAAAUAGAGAAAAACAAUGAGAAUAUUGCCAUGUGCAUAACCAGAUAACAUUGAAUCCUGCUUAGACAUCGAAGUGGCAUUCAUGAAACAAUAAUUUAGCCUCUUCCCUUCUCCCCAAACAUCCAAGCUCUGCCAUAAUCACGGCUUUCCAUCACUUCUCCGAUUAGCAAAUGUGAAAAGCUUUUAAUGCCAAAUUCCAGUUACUCCCAAAGUGUAGUGGAAAUAAAGCUUGCUUGUAUGGAUGCAUCUCUGCCGGCCAACCGCAAGUUAAUAUUAUGCCAAUAUACAAGGCAGCAUCCCAUUCUAGUUUUGUUAGCACUGAUGCUGCAGCUGCGGUCAUACUUAAGACUUUUCUAAGCCCGUGUGCCGUGCUAAUUAAGCAAUUCAUGGUCAUUGAAGCAGCCAUAAGAUAACAAACAUAUUGUUAUCCUUUAUUACAGUUGCUAUGAUAUCAAAGCAGUGUAAACUGAGCCUGCAAUCCUAUCCAAAACUCCAAAUGCUUGAUCAUUCAUUGCAAUGGAAGACUGCUUUGGAAUAAGCUUUAAGUGCAUAAUGAAAAAGCAACUUGCUUAAAAGCAUUUUUCCCAGUCACAGGUAUUUGGGCAUGAGAUAUUUAUAAUUUGGUUAAUCAUAUAGAAAUCAUUUCAAUCUCUAUAUAAAUGUUUAUUCUUUUUAAGAUAUAUUACCCAUUGUGUAUUAGCAUUAAAAAGAAGCAAAGCGAAGCAAAAUCUGAUACUUUUCAAGUUACGUUUGGAUUUAUUUUUUGAUUUCCCUGGGUCCCUUAAUACUAUACCAAUGUUUUAGGAUGCCUUUCACCAAGCUUUAUUGACAAUUGUGUGAAACCAUAGUGGUUUGGCAUGACAAUCAUUUUAAAUUCCGUUUGAGUUAGCUCAGGGGUGGGCAACCUGUGGUCCUUGAGCCAACUGUAGCACCUGGAUUUGUAUUUAUUUGCUUAUUUAUUUACACCCAGAACUAUUAGAGAUUAUGCUGUUGAAAUUCAGUGAAGAUAAAAAAAAAAUGGUUCCUCAUUUUUUUUUAAAUGGGAAAUGUAAGAAAUAAAGAGUUAUGAACUGUUUACCAUACCUAAAUAAGAAAAAUACUCUUCCUGAAACUCCAGCUCCCAUUACUAAUGUGACUUAUUGUGCUUAUAUAUAUAAUGCAUCAUUGGCCACAAAAUAUUAGGCACUUCCAUUUAGCAGGUUGCUGUCUUUACAUAAACCUUGCAAUGGAUUGAAGUUACUGUUCUACAGUGAGUGAAAAAAGCACUGGGAAAAGUCUAGAAUGCUAUUAUAUUGAUAUUUAAAGUUAAUACUCUCCAAAGUCAGCAAUGAAUUUUACCUUUUCUUCCUGACCUGAAAAAGCAAAUUGGAAUAGAUUCUAUAUGUGAUGUGCUCAAAUCCUCCCUUUUCCAAUAUAAAACGGCCCUAUUGAAUAUUUUAUGUAAUGCCACUUUGUGUUUAAGUAUAUUGGAAAUUGAAAUAAAUAGGUGCUAAGUGAGGGUUUUGUUUUGGGAGAUGUGGUAACCACAUUCAAUAUGGCUACGAAGAUCAGUCUGUUAUAUUCAGUAAAAUCUUUACAUAAUUCACAAAACAUUGUAAUGUGCGAUGUGAUUUUUUUUUUAAAAUCAGACCACACUGGUCCCAAAAUUGUGUACAUAUGCUAAAGAGUUGGGGUAACUUUUUGUUACACUAACAAUUUCAUAAGAAAUAUAAUUUCUUUUCUAAAUUUCUCCUCUGCUGUUUGGUUCUGUAUAGAUGCAUUUAAAUACACAGAUUAUGUAUAGACUAUAAAUGACCACGCAACCACAAAGCUCACACAAAUGAAUUGUCACGUUUUCAGUGGUCCUAGCCUUACAUCAUCAAACCUGCUAAGGUCUAUACUUAUUUUAUAAGCAUUCAUUUACAAUAUUUUGUAAAGAAUACAUUCAAUUUAGGUUUUUUUUUUUAACACAAUAUCAUUGUAAUGGUGUUCAACACAAUAAAAACAAAACCCAUUUCAACCGUUAUAUUUUUGUUUCAUUGAUAGGAUUCAACUCGACAGGAAAUGUAUGGGAAUUUUAUAUUGCUUAUAUUGAUAUGCUGCAUGAUCCCACUGAAUUCAACCAAUUCUCAGAGAGGAAAGCUCCACUACGCAAAUUAACAAGAAUAUAUUCUAGGUGCAUGUUAAAAUAAAUUACAUAGGACUGGAGUUGUACAAGAUUUUCUUUACUAUGCAAUGAUAGGUAUUGCACAAACUUAAAAUUCAAAGACAAAUGUCUGAGGAACUUUACAAAAUACUUGAAUUAUUUUUGAUCUAAAAAAACUAUCAGUCAUUUUCUAAUCAUUGUUGCUUUCAUUAUUAAUAUUCAUCUAAAAUAGUGAUUAUUUUUAAGGUGCACAAUUUAACAAAUUUAUUU